UCCUUUACCAAAGCUGCUGCCAUGUCGGACUAGUUGCCGUAUAAAUGUGUGUUUGGAGUGUGUGUGCGGCGUGUGGUGUGCAGGGGGGGCUCCACUCUGAGGCUACAUUGUGGAUAUGAGGCCGCGUUGCACGUUUGUACGCCCCUGCUGCUCGCUCCAAGUCAGAUAGCUACAGCUACUUCUCUUCUUCUUCUUCUUCUUCUUCUUCUUCUUCUUCCUGCCUCUCUUUCCGCUGCACUCCUUUAAGGACGCCACCCCCUCAACACCUCUCUUCCAUCCAUCCAUCCCUCAAUCAUCCACCCAACCUCCGCCCUCAGGGUCAUUCAUUAACGCCGUUUUUGUUUUGUUUUUUUUCAAAGAAAAGUACAAGGGACUGAAAACUUUUUCAAUGUAUACGUUUGGUCUUCGACAAACCAUCCAUUCAGCAGUGAACCCGCAGCGCUGAAGUGGUUCCCUCCUCCUUCCACCCUUCUCCUCCUCCUCCUCCUCCUCCUCUUCCUCCUCCUUCGUCGCCGUCCCUUAAUCCGCGGGGUUCGGACGCGCUUGCAUUGACUGCACAUUUUUUCGAGCGAGACCAGCAUGGCCACGAACGGGACCAAAGCCUCGGACGGCCACGUCCUGACGGAGACGGUGAGCGAGGCGCCGACCAGCACCCCCAACGACAAGCCCAAGACGCUGGUAGUGAAGGUGCAGAAGAGCAAGAAGGACAUACCCGAGCGGGAGACGUGGGGCGGCAAAUUUGACUUUCUGCUCUCGUGUGUGGGAUACGCCAUCGGACUCGGGAAUGUGUGGAGAUUUCCUUAUUUGUGCGGGAAGAACGGAGGAGGAGCCUUCUUGAUCCCCUACUUUUUGACCUUGAUAUUUGCUGGCAUGCCCCUCUUCUUUCUGGAGACGGCCCUGGGUCAGUACACCUCCAUUGGGGGGCUCGGAGUGUGGAAGCUGGCACCCAUGUUCAAAGGCGUUGGUCUGGCUGCUGCUGUCCUCUCCUUCUGGCUUAAUAUUUAUUACAUUGUCAUCAUCUCCUGGGCUAUAUACUAUCUCUACAAUUCCUUCACCUCUGAUCUACCGUGGCAGACUUGCGGUAAUUCCUGGAACACGGAGCGCUGCUAUACCAACUACAGCAUCCCGGACACCAGGAACCUUACCAGUGCUGUGCAAGAGUUCUGGGAACGCAACAUGCACCAGCUGACCGACGGCCUGGAGAAACCCGGCGAGGUCAGGAUCCCACUGGCCAUCACCCUUGCCAUCGCCUGGGUGCUGGUCUAUUUCUGCAUCUGGAAGGGGGUCAGCUGGACCGGCAAAGUGGUCUACUUUUCUGCCACAUACCCGUACUUCAUGCUCUUCAUCCUGUUCUGUCGCGGCGUCACUUUGCCCGGAGCCAUCGAUGGAAUCGCCUUCUACAUCACGCCAGACUUUGAAAAACUGAAGCAGUCUGAGGUUUGGCUGGAUGCUGCGACUCAGAUCUUCUUUUCCUACGGACUGGGACUAGGCUCUCUGAUCGCGCUGGGCAGCUACAACCCCUUUAACAACAACGUGUACAGAGACUCGGUCAUUGUCUGCUGCAUCAACUCCUUCACCAGCAUGUUCGCCGGCUUUGUCAUCUUCUCCAUUGUGGGCUUCAUGGCCAACGUGACAAAGAGGCCCAUCGCUGAUGUGGCUGCUUCAGGGCCCGGCUUGGCGUUUUUGGCUUACCCCGAGGCCGUCACCCAGCUGCCCAUCUCUCCCCUGUGGGCCAUCCUCUUCUUCUCCAUGCUGCUGAUGCUGGGAAUCGACAGCCAGUUCUGCACCGUGGAAGGCUUCAUCACGGCACUGGUGGACGAGUUCCCUCAUAUUCUCAGAAAGCGGCGAGAGAUCUUCAUUGCGAUCGUCUGCUUUGUGUCGUACAUCAUUGGGCUGUCCAACAUCACCCAGGGCGGCCUGUACGUCUUUAAGCUCUUUGACUACUACUCAGCCAGCGGGAUGUGUCUGCUUUUCCUCGUCUUCUUUGAGUGCGUCUCCAUUUCGUGGUUCUAUGGUGUGAACAAGUUCUAUGACAACAUCGAGGAGAUGAUCGGCCACAGGCCUUGUAUGUGGUGGAAGGCCUGCUGGUGCGUUUUCACGCCGCUCAUUGUGGCCGGGGUGUUCCUGUUCAGCGCCGUGCAGAUGGUCCCCCUCACCAUGGGCGACUACGUGUUCCCAGCCUGGGGCCAGGGCGUCGGGUGGUUGAUGGCCCUCUCCUCCAUGAUCCUCAUCCCUGGCUACAUGGGAUACAUGUUUCUCACUCUCAAAGGCACUUACAAAGAGCGUCUGAGGAUGAUGAUCAAACCAGUGGUUUUGGUGAAGGCUCAGGAAAACGGGCCCGACCAGCAGGCCGAUGCCCAGAACCAGAACCCCGCAGCCACUGAGGAGGCCUACAUCUAGAACCUUCUGAGUGUGUCUCCCCGUCUCAGCGGCCAGUCGGGCGUGAGCGCUCACGCCGACGAGAAGCGUAAAUCAAGGUUGGGAACGACCACCAGGCGUCCACGUCUGCUUUCAUUCACCUACCUCCUGGGGACACGUGAGACCAACCCGAUCACAUUUAUUAUUCUCAUUAUUACUAGGUCCGUUUUAUUCUUUCCGUUUGUCAUACAGACUUCUAACGGUGUGUGAGGAAACUUCCCAGCCAUGUGUUGUGUGAUUUAUGCAAAAAGAGAAAUAUGAAAAUAUAUCUUUUCGAUUCACAGUCCUGUGUUGAUUCAAUAGUAUUGAAGCUACGAUUACUGUACAAAUAUGAAUAAAUGCUUGUACAUGAAGUAAAUACAUGAUAUAAAUGCAGGAAUGUUUAAACAGGUGACGUUUAAGUGUCAAAUAUGAUUCAUUUUUAGUUUACCCCCACAUCUAGGGGCUACAGUCGUGGUCAAAAGUUUACAUACACCUGUAAAGAACAUAAUGUCAUGGCUGUCUUGAGUUUCCAAUCAUUUCUACAACUCUUAUUUUUUUGGUGAUGGUAUGAUUGGAGCACAUACUUGUUGGUCACAAAAAAAGCAUUCAUGAAGUUUGGUUCUUUUAUGAAUGUAUUGUGGGUCUACUGAAAAUGUGACCAAAUCUGCUGGGUCAAAAGUAUACAUACAGCAAUGUUAAUAUUUGGUUACAUGUCCUUUGGUAAGUUUCACUGAAAUAAGGCGCUUUUGGUAGCCAUCUACAACAGUGGUCCCCAACCACUGGGCCGCAGACCGAUUGGUACCGGGCCGCACAAGAAAUUAAAAAAAAAAAAAAAAAAAAAAAAAAAAA